AUGGCGGAAGCAAGGUCGGAGCUUUUUAGUACUCCGCCGUCAAAACAAACAACGAUUAUUAAGAAUGAAGCAGUUCCAAGGGGAGUUAUUUAUUGCUGUGUUCCGCUUUGUAAAAGCUACAGUGGAAAGGUAGUCGAGGGAAAAAAGGUUACUCUACACAGAAUUUCCUUAGACGAAAAAUAUAAACCGAGCAGCUGGAUACAACAACUUCGCAAUGUACGAAAUGAUUUUACUGCCAAAGCUGGAACACGAGUGUGUAGCUUGCACUUUGUGGGCAAGAGUGGGCCCAAACCAUGGUGUCUAAUUCCAACAUUAUUCCCCUCGAAGCCAGCACCUGAACCUUGUGAGAACACAGCAGUACGAAGACGACUAAAUUUUGAUUCAGGUGUACAAUACGGCGAACCAGAAAAUAUUGAAUUAAACGCCUUGGACUUUGAGCAUUGUUUUCACGAUUACUUGCCAAAAGAGGCAUUUAAGCCUGAAUCUGGAGAUAUUUUGCGAGACACGACGAGAGACACAGGUUAGUGACAUAUUUUAAUAGUGUAGUUUGCCAUACGGCAUACGGUAAACAUUAUCUACAUUUUUUGUAAACAUUGUCUACAUUUUUUACAUUGUCUACAUGGGCCAUUCCAUUUAAUAUCCACACCCCCCUAUGGACGAGAAUUUCUGAGGGGGUUCAAAAAACCCAUUUCUGAGGGGUUAUGCCCAUCGGCAUCCUUUGAUCUUAGCGUUUUUUCUGAGGGGUAAGGCAAAAAUUUGUAAAUUUCUGAGGGGGUGAGAGUGUUGGCACUUUGAUCUUUUUUUCUUAGGGGUUCAAUCUUUACUUAUCUCGUCCAUAUGGGGGGUGUGAAAUUUAAAUGGAAUGGCCCCAUUUUAGACUACUACUUUUUGCAGACUACGGGAAUAUUAGUAUUAUAAAUAGUAUUAUAUUAGUUGUUCUUUUGAUAUGCUAAAAAUUCCUAAUGCUUCCUACAUGUAUAUUCAUAUUGUAAUAGUUUUUUCUUUUAAUGUUUAUACAGGUGUCCAGUUUUGUUCCGCUUCAGUGGACAAACAUGUUCAAACCGAAACUGUGCAAGUGAAAGAGAUUGGAGUGCAAGUGAACCUGCCUUCACUCACUGCUGAAGAUCUUAAAGGAGAUGAUCAAAAGACUAGAUUUUAUACAGGAUUUGUAAAUUUUGGAACAUUCAUGUUGAUUUUCAACAAUUUGCUGCAAGUGGCUAGCAAACUAAAUUACUGGACUGGAAAGGAUUCCCUUAAGGAUAAACCAUACUUAGAAGAUGAAAAUAGGCAGAAACCUGGACCCAAACGAAAGAUGAGGUUGAUUGAUGAAUAUUUGAUGGUCUUCAUGAGGCUACGACUUGGAUUACUGGAGCAAGAUUUGGCAGAACGGUUCAGCGUUUCAAUAAGUACAGUUUCUCGGGUUCUUAUUACGUGGCAUAAUGUACUUGCUGUUCAUCUAAAGGAUUUAAUUGUAUGGCCAAGUAAAGAAAUGAUUGCUGCAAGUAUGCCUCAGUGUUUCAACAAAUUUCCAAAUACUCGAAUAAUAUUAGAUUGUACUGAAUUCUUUAUUGAAACACCAUCCUCGUUGGUUAACCAGUCUAUAACUUACUCCAGCUACAAGUCACACAACACUUUCAAGCUUCUUGUAGGCAUCAGUCCUAAAGGAGCAGUGACAUUCCUGUCUCAGCUCUGGGGAGGAAAUGCAUCUGAUAAACAGAUUGUGAAGGAAAGUGGUUUGCUUAAUCUGCUUGAACCUGGAGGCAGUGUCAUGGCAGAUAAGGGGUUUACCAUUGAAGAUCUUCUAGACCCACUUGGUGUUACUUUAAACAUGCCCCCAAUGAGAGAUUCAAACCGACAACUUUCAAGAAAGGAGGUUGAGCAAACAAGGAGAAUUGCAGCUGUGCGAAUACAUGUUGAACGAAAAAUGGAACAAAUUAAAAACUUCUGUAUUCUUCAUGGAAUCAUCUCUGCUACUGAGUGGCACAAUGCAGAUAACAUUGUGUUAAUUUGUGCUGCUCUCACUAACCUUGAGCCACCACUUGUUACAUAA